CUCUCACUAAUCUGAUAUAGGUGGUGAUUGGUGAUUUAUUUCUACGAAGCAGAGAAAGAGGGAAAAAAAAAAAAAAAGAAAGAGAAAAAAGUCCAUGUUUUUCUAGGCCCAGAUAACUCAACUCUCAUAUCAGUUGCCGAUCUCCAUGGGCACUCGACUUCUGCUGUCAAGGGACAAGCCAUUCGCUUCCUGACCAUUGAGGUCUUCAUGGAUUCUGCUUCUUUUCCUUCGGCAUCGGUGUUCUCCUUGCCACUUCCACCAUGGCAACAACCCCUCAGCGCGCGUGUAGCUCGAUACGAGCCUAGGAAACGCAAGAAGGACUCUGAUGACUGGGGCGAUGAUGAUGAAGAUCUCGAGGGCGAAACCACAGACGCUGUCUCUGAGGCUACGCCUGCUCCCUCGCUGAUAUUGUCACCGGAUGAAGCCCACCAAUAUCGCGUUGCCGGCCUGUCUUUCGAUAAGGAAUUGCCAGGAGGACAAUUUCCACAUGCAGCACCCAGAGACGAAAAUUCUAAAAGGGAAAUGCCCGGUGAUGUUUUGAAAGGCCUGUCCUCUUUGUCGCCUCCAAUAUUCCCCCCACAGUCAGCUGCUCACCGGGGAAAUCUACGUCUCCAACAUUUCGCCGUUAUCACGGCUAUUCUACACCGCUCUCUUCUCAAAGGCGAUUAUAUCCGCGCGGGACGAGCAUGGGGACUGAUUCUCCGCGAAGAGUUUGGUGGUUCUCCAAUUGAUGUGCGAACAGAGGGCAGGUGGGGCAUAGGCGCGGAAAUUCUGCUUCGACGAGGUCGUCAAAUAUCAAGCAUUUCAUCUGGAUCUGGAAGGACAGCCGAAGAAAUAAACCAACCAGAAAAUACGCCCAAGCUGUGUUUUACCAGGAAAGGAUUCGAAGAUGCCAGGCAGUAUUAUGAGACACUCGUCAUUCAGCAUCCGUAUCGGAAGGCCGCCCCUGAUGCCAUAAGUCCUUUGCACUUCUAUCCAGCCAUGUUUGGUCUUUGGGUGUAUGUUACGCAAGAGGAAAGUAACGUUGCCCGAGAAGACCUACAGCGUCACCAUGAAGAGCUAUCCGAAGAGUCUUCGGAGGAUGAAGAUGCAGCGUCAGAAUUUGAAAAUCGUCCUGGUUCUGGGCGCAGAAGAAAAUAUUUUAUUGCAGAGAUAAGAGCGAAAGAGUUGGAACAGGCACAGCAGAUUGCGGCCCGGAUGGAUGAGGUCAUGGUAUCCCCUCCAUAUUCAGACUCGCCCGAAUUACUGGAACUCAGGGGCAUGGUUUCACUUUGGAUAGCCGAUCUUCUUGUCUCUUGCCUGCCACAGGAAGAGAGAGAUGAACAUGAUUUUGAAAAUGGAGCUUCUUCACCCAAUGAAGACUUAUCAGGUUCAAUCCAGGCCAGACGCGAACAAAGAUUUGCAAGAGAGAAGAGACAAUUGGAGGUACAAAAGUCAAAAGAGUUCUUGGAGAAGGCAAACCAACGGGGCAGGGGAGUGUCUUAUAGCCUUGAGAAUUUCCAUAUCGAUGAUGGUUCCACAUUAUUGGAAUGAGAACGUGAAUGUCUGGUGUUUACAUCUUGUUGAACGUGGAAGAAGAUUAUAUUAUGCUGGAUAUCUAGUUAAAAUAAACCACGGUGGCCCUUUGGUUAUAAUACAAAAUUGACUGGCAUUCAACAAAUUUCCCAACUAUCUAGAGACAA